GCACCUUAGCCGAGAUUAGAUACCGCGCACAGUAUAUUUUAAGCCGCCUUAAUGACUGCCGUUUGUUCAAAGCGAGAAAGUGUCGCGAAAUCACCUUAGCGAAUUCCUGCCGUCUCGAACGUCGCUUUUCGCAUCGUAAAGUUUACGCGCCCCCGAGCCUUGCGCCGAGCGCAACGAGAAAAAUGCCGCUCGUCGGGCGACUCCGUCUCGACGACAUCGUCAGUUCGUUCCCGGAGCUCGGACCCACCGCUCCAGAUGGUGGAUACUCGUGGUUGGUCCUCCUAGGUGUUGCCUUCAUUCAGAUCACCGUGCCCAGCGUCCUGUCGAUGUACGGCAUAGUGCGGGGAUACUUGGUCACGAACAGCACGCUUUACUUCGAUCUGUGGAACGAGGUCACCCUGGCGCCUCUAUUGUUCGUCGCUUUUUGGAGCUUAGCAGACCCGUGGACUAAGACCGUGACGGAAUUGGCGUCGAUACCGCGACUGGUCGGCCUGAUCGGCGUGGCACUCCUCACCAUAGGUGUCAUAGCCUCCGGAUACCUGGCGACCGGCGGGGUGGGCGCGUACUUAGCCGGCUUGAGUGCCGGCGCGGUGAUGGGCAUAGGGGCGAGUUUCGUCAUCGUCGAGAGCGAGACCGUGCUGCGCAGGCACUUCAGGGUGAGGCUGCCGUUGGCGCUGACGCUCAAGAACAUCGCCAUGUCCGUCGGCUUCAUCCUCGUUCCGGCGCUGACGCAUUUCCUGCUCGAGGAAACCGGUCUGAAGGCCGGCCUCUUGGUGAUGACGAUCGCUUUCCUUCCUACUGCCGUGGGCACCCUGACUCUGCGCUUUCCAGCUCCGCAGCGAGCGUCUCCUUACAGGUUGCUUCUUGCCGACGAGGAUAAUGAAUUGGGCAUCAGGCUAUCACCGGACAGAGAGUCGGAGCCAGAUCGACGAGACAACGGCGCGGACAACGUCGCUUACGAUAACGGCGACAAGCAGGACAGAAAUGUCGCGCCUUUGUUCAGCGAGGUGAACAGCAUCUACGCGUACCAGGAGCCGGACGAGGACAUCGAGCUCUUCGUCAGUCCGACCGCGCGUUCGGACAGCAAGUGGAAGCAGGAGUUUCGCGUGGCUCGCUACUUCAGGUUCUGGGCGGCUGUGGUGACGUGGAUCGGGAUGAGAGCCGGCUCGCUCUUCUUCUGGAUCCUGGUGCCUGCCUUGUACCUGCAGCGGGCGAAGCCGGUUUACCGCACGGACGACUGGAUGACGUUGCUGGUGGUCGCCGGGGUCGGCUCUUUCGUACCCAGCGUCGCUAGCUACUGGAUCACCGUCACUACCGUUCAGUACAGAAGAAUGUAUUUUGGUGGCGCCUGUUGGCUCGGCAGUGUUACUCUGUUAAGCUUAACUUAUACGUAUGACUAUUACUGGUUUCUAACGUGGUCGCUGCUCGGUGGAAUCGGUAUCGGUAGUCUGCUCGUUUGUCAAGACUUGACGCUGUGCGACGUGCUGGGAAAUCAAUUCGCCCAUCGCUCGCACAGACUGUUCUCCACCAUCGUCGGGUUGGGGGUGUUGGCCUUCUGCUUCGAGGACAGCGAGAACGUGUGUCUUCGCGUGGUUGCGUUGCUGCAGUUCCUCGGCGGAUGCUACUGGAUCGUGCCGCCCAUUUGGGAAGUCAUACGGGCGCGGAGGCUGAGAGAGGGCUAACAAAAAUCAUUACAAAAACCAUACGCUACGGUCCGUCGCAGAAAUGUAUUUACAAGGCGCUAACAUCGAUGGUGAAAACAGGCGGCGAUUACCUAAACGCCUUUAAAUAGUAAGAAAUACUCUUACCAAGUAAUCUUAAGAAUAAACGCUGUGUGCUCCGUGUAAUGCGAACGGUGUAACAGUAAAUACGUGAUCACAUAAUCCUUCACGCCAUACGAUUCGUGAAUUACAUAGUCGACUUUGGAUUGUCAAGCAUGUAAGGCAAUAUCGCACGCAACGAAGCGUGCCAAACUUUACGUACCUUGUAGCUUGAAGAGGAGUAGUAGAAUAAGUGUUUUUACAUUAUACGAUUGUCUACGUAUGACCGCAAUGAAGUGUCGCGACAACUUUAUUAAAAUAUCUUUCCUAUUAGUCGACAUGUUAACAAUGCACAUCACGGUAUUAUCACACUGAUCGCCGUCUUACCUUAUUCGCAAAUUUAUUCUAUUAUUUGUAUUUAUUCUGCAAGUCUUUUCGAAUACACACGAUCAAAUUAAUCCAUCCAGAUAUCAGUUAUACGUUACCGCUAUAUACUAAUACGCUUUUCAUUUGGACACGCCAAAAUAGAUAGAGUUAUAUCACAAGAUAAUUGCAAGAUAAGCGAUACACCCCGUAACGUCUUGCACGAUAUUAUCCCUUGAAAAGGAAAAUGUAAAAAAAACGAAUAUUUAAAAUUUAUAUGUACAUCUCCUGGUUACAAUAGAUAAUCAAUUGCCAUGUUACAGCUAAGUAGAGUAGUAAAAUGAUGAAAAUUAAGACCGCCUGCUUUUGUAUACGUGUCGUAAGAAUACGCCAUAGCAAUCGCGUAAUUUUUACCCAUAUUUUAUUACAUAAUUUAUUGCAUUUAUAAACUUGCAUUUGUUCAUACAAGCCAGAUCCAUCUAUUUUUUAAGAUAUACUAAAUUGUAAAAAUUAAAAUCAACAAUUAUUAGAUUCUUUUACAUGUCUUUAUAAUCAUUGCGAUAUAUUGAUAUAACCAUGCAACGAAUAAAAAAUCUAGAUAUACAA